AUGCCGCUAUACGCCCACGUGAUUGGAAGUCCUCAGAAUUUCACCAGCGAGGGCCCUUGCACGGACCCGAACCACCUGUUCCUGGCGCCUGGCGUCCUCAGCGCUGGCGGUGUGAACAGAGCCUGCAUCUCCAGGUUCCACCCGGACGGACCUGCGCGCAUGGUGGUCACACUCCUCGCCGACGACGGCGAAUCGGUGACCGCCGCUCGGGACCUGCCGCCAGGUGACGGCGGCUGUCUCGAUAUCACUGCACCAAUGCGGCCCAACACUAAGGCAGAUUUGAUUGUCAACAUGCGGUACAAAGAGGCCGCGUGCGUUUGGGAGAGGCGGAUGAGCGUGCGCAUCGGCAGCGGUCGCGUGGUGUCCUUGCUUACGGAGAGAGCACGGUACCGGCCAGGUGACACUUUGCGCGUGCGCGCCCUAGUCCUGAAGGCGGACCUGACGCCAGCGCAGGGCGACAUAGACGAAAUCUGGCUGGAAGGCCCCAACGGCGCGUGGGAUGGCGUGCGCGUGGCUCAGUGGCUCGGGGUUCGAACCCGGCUCGGACUCGCCCAGCUACAGCACCAGCUGGACGAGCACGCGCCGCCGGGCAAGUGGACCGUCAGGGCGAGCCUCGCCGACGGGUCUCAGGGUGCAACCGCGUUCAGCGUUGGCAACUACGAGCUGCCGCCGUUCCAGUUGAGCGUCCGCCACGCGCCCAGGGUGCUCCGGACCAGCGAGAGGCUGGUCUGGACUGUCUGCGUCAGGUACCCGUGGUCGGAAGCGGUGGAGGGCAUGCUGGUGAUCCGGCUGCGGGGCGCCGGCGGGGGGGCGGCCGGGGGCGAGGGGGCGGCGGGGGUGCGCACGGCGGUGCGGCUGCGCGCGCCCCGCGCCUGCCACCGGCACGCGGCCGCCGCGCGACGAGUGGGCCUCGCGGCGAAGCACCCGCCGCAGAUCGUCGUGGCCGACUUCAGCUUCCAGGAAGAGGGCACGCGCAUUUGGCAGAACACAACCGUCGUGUCCGAGGUCGUGGACAAUCCAGUGACGCUGGAGUUCCUCACGAAGCAUCGUGCGAUACUGUCACCAAGUCUACCGUAUAAGUUAAAAGUGAAGGCGACUCGGUGGGACGAUAAACCGGCGGUCGGCGAGCGGGUGCGCGUGUGUCGGCGCGCGGUUGUAGGCGAGGGGGCAAACGACGAUGCGAACAUGGGGGCGAACGUGAACAUGGGGGCGAACGUGAACAUGGGGGCGGACGUGAACAUGGGGGCGGACGUGGAUGACGUGGCGAAUAGCAACGGGGGUCCUGUCACAUGCGUCAGUGCCCUCACCGACAGCCGGGGCGUGGCGAGACUUACUUUCGCCCCCGAUCGUACUGCCAGUGCGCUUUACCAUUUUCAGGCCCGGCUGGGCGAGGCGAGCGCCGCGCUGGCGCUGGCGGCGGCGCGCGGCGCGGCGCGCGCGGCGCUGGGCCCGCUGCGGCCGGGGCCGCGCGCCGCGCGCACGCUCGUGCCGCUCUACCUCGGCCUGCCGCCGCGCCGCCGCCCGCUCACCGUGCACUUCGCGGUGAUAACCCGAGGCGGCAUAAUCUACCGGUGGGGGGCGACCACCCAAUGCCCCAGCACAGCACCAGUCGGCCAGCUGCUGCCGGCGCCCAGGAACAGCUCCUGUGACUUCGGCCAGCUCCCCCCCGGCCUGAACGACGUGGACUCGGACCUCGGCCAGCUGGACGGCAACUCGACCGACCCCCUGGAGCGCCACCUGCCCAGGGUCGUGCUGCCGGUCAGGAUCACCCACCAGAUGUGCCCCGACAGCCACCUGCUCGCCUACUUUUACCACGAGGGCGAACUGGUCAGCGCCAGCAAGCACUUCGAGAUGGACGAGUGCUUCGGCAAUAAGGCGGAGGCGAGGUGGGUGUCGCGGCAGUCGCCGCCCGGCGCGCCGGCCUCGCUGGCCGUGAGCACAGGCGGCCCCGCGCUGUGCGCGCUCUCCGCCCUCGACGCCGCCUCGGGCUGGGCGCAGCCCCCGCCCUCCGCCGGCGGGCGGCUGCUGGCGGCGCUGCGGGCGCUGCUCGCCGCGAGGCGGAACCUCACCGAGUACGACGCGGCCGGGGACUGCUUCCUCGCGGCAGAUGCUCCGGCACCAGCGGAGUCCGGGGCUGAACUGGCGGUCGAGUGGCUGGCGGGCGCGGGCGUGCGGGUGUUGCCCCUCCCCCGCGCGCCCCGCUGCCGCCCCCCGCCCCCCGCGCCCCUCACCGACACCGACGUCACGCCCCCCCGCAGCGACUUCUCGGAGGCGUGGCUGUGGCGGCUGGUGGCGGUGGGGCUGAACGGUACGGUGACCACCACAGCGCGCGCGCCUGACUCCAUCACGCGCUACGAGGCGAGCGCUGUCUGCGUGUCGCGCACCGGCAUCGCCAUAGCACCACCCGCCGUCCUGCAGGUCUUCCGAGAGUUCUUCAUUCACGCGGACGGUCCAAAGACGCUGAGGAAAGGGGACAACUCCAUCAUCCGAUACCGCAUCUUCAAUUAUCUUUACGAGCCGCUAAGCGUUCAGAUCGAGGUGUUCGCCGACCAGCCGCUCGAAGUGCGCGGCGGGGCGGGCGGCGCGUGCGUAGCCGCGCGUAGCUCCGUAGCGGGCCGCGUAGAGGUGGCGGCCGUAGCGCCCGGCGUAGGCCGGCUACACGUGCGCGCGCGAUCCGUCCACGACGCGCAGUGCUCCACCAAAAGCGCGUCAGCCGGCGACGAAGUGAUCAUCGAGAUAGAAGUGGAGCCCGAGGGUGUGCUGACGCAGGAGUUCAAAUCGACGUUGCUGUGCGCAGGCAGCUCCGAGCCGGUGGCGUCGAACGUGACCUGGUCGUGGCGCCCUCUGGCGGCCGUGCCCGGGACGGAGCUGGUCACCGUUUGGGCGGUGGGCGACGCCGUUGGACCUUUGCUGGCCGACGCGGACGCGUUGGUGAGCUUGCCGCGCGGCUGCGGCGAGCAGAACAUGGCGCGGCUGGCCACCAACCUGCUGGCGCUGCGGCUGCUCGACCCCAGGGCGCCGGCCGCGGCCGCCGCGCUGCGCCACGCACACAGGGGAUUCGCGAGGCAGCUGCAGUACUCCCACCCGUCGGGCGGAUUCAGCGCUUUCGGCGCCGCGGACGAUUCCCCCUCCACCUGGCUGACUGCCUUCUGCCUGCGGUACCUAAGGGCGGCGUACCAGGUGAUUUCGCCCGGCUCGAAGACUCCACCGGCCAUCGAGAGGGCGGAGCGCUGGCUCCUGGCGCAACAGAUGGAGAACGGCUGCUUCAGGAACGAGGGUCAAGUCUUCCACAGGGAGCUGAAGGGCGGCUUAAACGAGGAAGGCGAAGUCGCGAGCGUGGCCCUAACAGCGUACGUGAUAACAUCCCUCGUGGAGGGCUCGGCCAACCCGCCCCUCGGGGCCAUACGGAACUCCCUCUCCUGCCUCAGGGCUCUGCCCCUGAAAAAGUCGAAGACCCACCCGGGGGUGUACGCCCACUCGCUGCUGGCGUACGCCUUCGUCAGGCUGCGCAGGCACGAGGAGGGGCUGAGGGGGAGCAACGAGGCCUACCUCCUCGACCGGAGGGAGCCGAGCGGCCCCGCAUUGAGGGGCGACGAGGAGACGCGCGAGCUGCUGCAGUUCCUCAAGCUGGCCAAGAGGAGCCGCGACUACGUCUACUGGGAGAGCAGCAGCCUCGCCACGUCGAUAGAGGCGACCGCGUACGGCGUGCUGUCCCUGGCCCAGUGUCCCGCCCCGCUGCGAGCCAGCUGUACAGCGGACGCGCGGGCUGCGACGCGCUGGCUCGCGGCGCACCGCGGGCCCACGGGCGGCUUCGUGGCCACGCAGGUACGGCUGCGCUACAUCUACUGGCUCAGCCAGUCACAGGCAACUGUUCCGGAUCUGGGUGUUCGAUACCCGAGAAGGGUUGACGUCAGGCCGGUUGCGCCGACACACGGGUGGGCUGAUGAUGAUGAUGUUCACUUAAUAAUAAGACCGAACAAUCAGCCGGCCAUGGAGGGGGACACGCUGGUGGCCAUGGAGGCGCUGAGCGCGUGGUCCUCGCUGCAGCCGGCCCCGCCAGCCGACCUGACGGUGACGGUGGCCAGCGGACGGCGCACCGACAGCGUCGCAGUACUCCCGGGCGCCAAGGUGCCGAACGUCCUCAAGUUGGCGACCAGCGACCAGCUUACCGUCUCCGUUCAAGGCAGCGGCUGCGGGCUCGUGCAGGCCACGCGCUCCUACCGCACCCUCUCCGCAGAGGGGGCGGGGGUGGAGGGGGGCGAGGGGCCGGGCGCGAGGUCACUGACCGCGCAGGUCUCCGUGCGCACGGACGGCGCGUUCGACUGCGCCAACGGCACCGCCUGCUUCUGCGCCGCCGUCAUCGAGGCUUGCGUAGUGUGGACCGGCAGCUUCCCCGAGAUGGCGCUGCUCGAGAUCUCCCUGCCGGGAGGCUUCGGAGCUGAUGCCGCCCUGCUCUAUUCGCAGCUGAGGGAAAGGGACACGCUGCUGCGGCGCAUCGAGAUGUCGACGCGCGGCGGGCAGGUGGCGCUGUACUUAGCGGGUGGUGGUGGCGGCGGUGGUGGUGGUGGUGGUGCGGGGGAGGGGGCGGCGCACCGGUGCUUCUCCGUGCACGCGGUGGGCCCGCAGGCCGCCACGAGGCCGGCGCACGUGAAGCUCUUCGACUACUACCGGCCCUCGGUGAAGAGCGUCCAGAUGUACACAAUCCCGGAGGACUGUCCAGCGCGCAUUUCCCACAGCGCCGACUCCUACCUAGCCAAGGAAAACUUGUUCAACAAGGCCAAGUCCGUAGAGACCGGCGAAAUCCUCAUCACCGAGGAUUUCUCCUUCGAGGACAUACCGGAGGGCACCCCGUUGGAGGACCCAAUCUUCGAGAAUCUCACGAGGAAGAAGGGUGCUAUAAGCGAAAACAAUAUUAAUGACAACGGUACCAAUGCCACCGCAAAGGAAUCAAUCCAAGAUUCACAACGAUCAACUACUAAAGAAUCCAAUCUAAAAGCUGGCGGAUUACUGAGGGAAAACUCAAUUUAUACAAAUAAUCACGACAUCAACCAAUCAUACGUAGAAGACACAUUUCUAAACCAAAACCCCUUUGGUAAAAUGAAGGAGAAACUUCUAGAAGAACCCGCAAAGGAAUCCCAAGAUCAUUACGUCAACGAGGGAGUAAGGGCAAAGGUCGAUAACCCCAACCUUUCCAGCUUUCACGUGAUAGACUCUGAGAAGGAUCUAGAAGUUCCCACUGGGGUCGAAGGACCAGCACCCUCCGUGGUGCUCCCACCAAAAGGGUUCUCUUUUGGACAAACAAACACUGAUGCUUCGCAGAGACGUCUUGAUGGACCAUCCAUCCCCAUCCACGAUCAACUUUCCAACUUUGAGCACAACAUUAGGCACAGACGAAAAAUAAACUACGUCCAGGGU